AUGGUCGACUUUGAAACCCCUUCCGCCAAUCCAAUUUCGCCCUCGGAGGAUAUUCCUCAGCUAACCAUCAAUCACGAUGUCGCUGAGAGCCUAGACUCUACCAACGCCUUCGAAGGCCCAGAGAAGUUGCUUGAGGUUUGGUUCGCCCCCAGUGCCGAUGCUCUCCCAGCCGGCGCACAGCCAGAUGGCUUGAAGGCCGUCCUGGCCGACACUUGGGUUCCCAUGCUGGACGAGGUUCACUGCAAGGUCCUCUCCGUCGUCAACUCGGAGCAUAUCGAUGCCUAUCUUCUCUCCGAGUCGAGCAUGUUCGUCUUCCCUCAUAAAUUAAUCUUGAAGACAUGUGGUACCACGACAUUGCUCUGGGGUCUCAAGCGCAUGCUGCGCAUUGCCGCUCGCGAGGCUGGUUUCCCCUUCCAUAAUGUCGAUGGUCUUGACGAUGACAACGUGGCCGCGACCCCCUACCGCGUUUUCUAUAGCCGCAAGAAUUUUCUGUACCCGGAGAAGCAGCCUUCACCCCACCGAAGCUGGGGUCAGGAGGUCAAGUUCCUGGACGACAUGUUCGACCACGGUAGCGCCUACAUGGUUGGGAAAAUGAACGGGGACCACUGGUACUUGUACAUCACUUCGCCCCAGGCCAACCUGACACCUCCACGUUCGCCUGACGCUGAUCGUACGCCAACCGCGACGCGCCACCUGAAGAUACCUACCGGUCUUGCGUCGGCCUUCAAUGGCGCUGCUGAGAACGACGAUGAGACUCUCGAGAUUUUGAUGACCGACCUCGAUCCUGAAAAUGCGAAGCAAUUUUACUUGGAGCGCGCGAGUGCGGUCGCGUCUGAAAAUUCUUCAGACGAAGUCUUUGAUGAAGCCAGUCUCGCUAGCGAGUCUGACCAGCCGGGCAUCAACACUCCGCUGUCUGAAAUCGAUCCCGUCAGUCUCACCACCGAGGGGCAUGCCCUUGGAACAGUGGUUUCGGACUGCUGCGGUCUUUCCGACGUGUAUCCCAAGUCCAAGUAUCCAGAAGCUCGAAUUGAUGCUUAUAUGUUCAACCCUUGCGGCUUCUCUGCUAACGGCGUCAUCCCUGCGCCGCACGCGAACGGUGGCGAGAAGUCCACUCACUAUUUCACCGUCCACGUGACACCGGAGCCUCAGUGCUCCUACGCCUCUUUCGAAACCAACGUUCCUGGCGGCCAAAACGGACGUGAUACCUCUGAGGUCAUCGACCAGGUGGUUGGCAUUUUCAAACCCGGUCAUUUCAGCAUUACUUUGUUCGAGGCUAAAGAUGCCGACAGUGAUGUCUCUAUUGCUGGCCGCAGCAAGCGCAUGGAGAAGAUUCAAGGUUACCGUCGCAUCGACCGCAUCGUACAUGACUUUGAAGACUACGAGCUGGUUUUCCGGUACUACGAGCGUGAAGAUUGGGUUGGUGGUACUGGACUACGUGUCGGAGAGGAAAUAUAG